AUCAAUACAUUUCUUAAUGGUUCGUGCUGCAGCUAGAGGAGGAGGACGGAAAGCUGCUGUCAGCUAUGUUGAAGAUAACGAUGACAGCGGCCCAGCUGACAGCGGUGACAGCGAAGGAGAACAGGAGACUAGGAAUCAGAAGAUAAAGAAGCUGGCUGUUCAAAGCCUCCGGGCUUCUAACGGUUCAAAGAGGAAGAAUCAAAAGGAAGAUUCCGACGAGGAUGGGGAAGAUGCAACACCCCCUCUCCCCUCUCCGAAGAAGAACAAACCUACCGCUAAACCUGUAUAUAAGGACGACAGCAGUGAUGAUGAUUUAGUAGACGAUGGUCAGCUAGAGGGUGAGGGCAGUGAUUAUGAGGCAAGUAAACCCAAGAAAUCUCCCGCAAAAAAAUCUCCGAAGAAAACACCCGCGAAAAAAACUGUUGCCAAGAAAUCUCCGAAAAAGAAGGCCGCUGUUACUCCGUCUAGAGCGAGCGGUCGUGCUGUUCAGUCAAUCAAAUACGCAGAUGACGAUAAUGAUGAUGAAGAAGAAGAAGAGGAUGAAGAAGAAUCCGAGGACGAGGCUCCUCUAAGAGGUCGAGGAAAGGUUGCAGCCAAGGCCAAAGCACCGUUCAAGAAAGCUAAAAUGGCGGCCCAUCCACCCGUUAGCGAGAUGAUUCCCAUUGCGAUCAGAAAACUGAAUGAAAAUCCCAAGAAGGGGUCCUCCAUGGUUGCGAUCAAAGGGUAUAUGGUCGAGGAGUGGGGAGUGAACAUCAAGGCAAUCUCCACCAAGAUCAAGAACUAUAUAACCAAUGCCGUGGAGGAUGGUGAGGUUAUUCAGAGGAAAGGUAAAGGUAUGAGUGGUAGGUUUACCCUGCCUGGUAUGAAGAGGAAAGGAAAGAAAAGGAAAAGAAUAAUUAAAGAUGAAGAUGAUGAGAAGGCAAUGGAUGAACAUGAGUACAAACCAGUUAAAAAUGCAAGGGAUGAAGAGAGGGAGAAGGAUGAGGCGGAGAAGGAGAGAAGGAGACAGGAAAGAAAAGAGAAAGAGCUGAAAAGAGAAUUAGAGAAAGCAGAUCAACCGAAAAGAGAAGUUAAAAGGAAAACAGAGUGGACUGUAGAGUUUAUUAAGAGUAUGCGUGUGGUUGAGGAGAAGACCUGGUACCAAGUCAAGUUUGAAGGAUACAAGAAGUUGUCCUGGGAACCCGAGGAGCACCUCGACACAUGCAAGGACAUUAUAGACAACUUCCUCAUCGAGGAGAAGGUUCGAUUGGCACAGUUGGCUGAGAAGAAGAGAAGGGAGGAGGAGGAGGGCAAGUACGAGGUCGGGAAGGUUCUGGAGGUCAAGUUCCCCAAGGGGAAGCCUCGUGAGUUCCUCAUCAGAUGGAAGGGGCACGGUGAGGAGAUGGAUAGUUGGGAACCAGAGAAUAAUCUAGAUUGUUCAGACCUCAUCCAACGUUUUAUGCUGCGUCAUGAGAAGAGGCUGGAAGCUACUGAGAAAAGUCUACGCGUGGCCCCGAAACGUGUUGAGAGGUUACAAUUUGCAGCCUCGCACCGUGUUUCUAAACGGAACCAAGGAUUCAGAACAACAUAUGAGGAUAUGGACGAAUAAAUGCAAGUCGGGAAUAUUUAGUUAAUGUAGAAACAGAAAAAGUUUUCUCAAAACAAUGUUCACAAUUUGAGGUUUACUGGUGUACAUUUGUAGUAUUACCUGAUCCCGGCAAGAGAAUUAAAACCCUGGUCUCUUAUAAGUCUUGAAAUUAGAAAUGUAUGUACAAAUAUUGCCUUGGUAAAAUUUAACAAUAACAUUGAAGAUACAGCGUAUAUAUACAGUCCAGUACAGUACAAGACAUAUUUAGUACAGUACAACACAAUACUGUUCAGAAAAGUUCAGUACAGUAACUAUUUGGUACACUGGUACACUAGCUAGUAUACAGUACAGUUAAGUAGAUUACAUCAUUACAGUGCAGUAGCUUUUGUACUCUAUAAUACAGUACAG